ACCAAUUUUAGUUUGAUCUAUAAAUUCACCGAAAUGGAAUGAAUCUGCAAAUUAAAAAUGCGUGUCACCUUUUGUACAGAUUUAGAUAAAAGUGUGGUGGUGGCAAACUGUGAAAAAAGGGGUUGGAUUCAAGUUGGUCCUGAUGACGAGUGGAAUAUUUAUUGGGCUGGGACACAAACAUGCCGCAGUCUCUUCAGCGUGGAUAGCGGUUACCGCAUGAAUGAUAAUCAAAUCAUCAAUCACUUCCCAAAUCACUACGAACUCUCCCGCAAAGAUCUCCUGGUGAAAAAUAUAAAACGAUAUCGAAGAGAAUUGGAGAAAGAAGGUAGUCUUCUAGCGGAAAGGGGAGAUUCGGCGAAGUACCUCCAUCUGGACUUCAUUCCGAUAACUUUCGUGCUUCCCGCGGACUACAACAUGUUCGUCGAAGAAUAUAGGAAAACGCCCCAGAGUACCUGGAUAAUGAAGCCCUGUGGAAGAUCCCAAGGCUCCGGCAUUUUCCUCAUCAAUAAGCUUUCGAAGUUGAAGAAGUGGUCCAGAGAGGCUAAAACACCUUUCCAACAGCAUUUAACGAAGGAGAGCUAUGUUAUCUCGAAGUACAUCGACAACCCUCUGCUGAUAGGUGGAAAAAAAUUCGAUCUGCGUCUUUACGUGCUAGUAACAUCGUUCAGGCCGCUGAAAGCUUACCAAUUUCGACUGGGGUUCUGCAGGUUUUGUACUGUGAAAUACGACUCGAGUGUUGCGGAAUUGGAUAACAUGUAUGUUCAUUUAACCAACGUAUCUGUGCAAAAACAUGGGGGCGAGUAUAAUUCUCUGCACGGUGGAAAACUGAGCGUUCAAAACCUCCGUUUACAUUUGGAGAGUACGAGAGGUAAAGAAGUCACGGAAACCCUCUUCGAUCAAAUCAGUUGGUUGAUUAUUCAUUCGUUGAAAGCUGUCGCCCCCGUUAUCGCUACAGAUCGACACUGUUUCGAGUGUUAUGGAUACGACAUCAUCAUCGAUAAUAAGUUGAAACCGUGGCUUAUAGAAGUGAACGCUUCACCCUCAUUGACUUCAACCACCGCAAACGACCGAAUCUUGAAACAUAAAUUGCUGAAUAACAUAUUUUCGCUGGUAACACCGCCAUCGGGAAUGCCAGACGUGAGAUGGAACAAAGUUCCAACGGAAGAAGCCCUCGGCGAUUUCGAACUCCUCAUCGAUGAAGAUCUGAUAAAUUUACAAGAGGGCGACAGUCAUUACCUGGCGAGGAAUAACUACAAAUGGAAAUAACUGCAUUGUUAAGGAAGGAAAUUGAACGUCUCAAUAAAAAAUACAAUACGAAGCUUAAA